UUUUGACAAUGUCUCAGAUCCAACAAAGUUUGGAGGAAUUUAGUUCUAAUAUUCAUCAGGAAGGAGUGCAAAAGAAGUCCAAGACUGGGAUUAAAAGGACAAAUAAGGCAUAUGAUAUUAUUUCUGUAUAUCAGACAAACUCUCCUCCAAUAAGACAUGAAAAGCAGGUCGCUUAUCGAACGGUUAAAGAAAUGAAUAAAUUUCCUCGAUCGAAGUCUAUCGGGAAUAAAAGCUGCAGUGUAAAAGGUCGUUCAUAUAUAACUACUCAGAAUGAGAGGAGAUGUAAAUAAUAAAAGCAUGUUUGAGAUCAUGAUGAAUAAGAAAGCCUCUGAAAUGAACAUUAAGGUUCUCAGCAACCGUAUCUUGUACCUAAGCACUACUGAUAAGAAAGCAAAUCGGAAGCUAGCUCUUGCUAAAAAGCGUGCAAACGAGAUGGCUAAAAUAAAGAGAUCUAAGUUUGAAUACUCCCAACACAUUCAGGAUAACAAACGUCGGAUGAAAAGUCAGCUUGAACAGAGGAAAAGAGAAAUAUCAGCUACUAGAAAGAGACUUAGAGACAACAUAAUUCUCAAAAGAGCUGAAAGUGUUAACUUAAAAAGAAAAAUGAGGCUCCAGACUAAGAGUUUUGCUUCGCAAGCUCUUGAGAAGAGGAAAAUGAUAAAUCUUUGUGAACAAAAGCAGAAGGAAAUAGCCAAGAUUAAUAUCAUGGCUGAGAAAUUCAAGUGCCAAAAUAAGCGUGAAAGAGGGAUGCAAAGAAAAAUUACUCAGUUAAAACAACUAUACUCUGAGAAGAAAAUUGAUGGAUUGAAACAUGCUGAGGAGAAUGCACACAAAGCUGAGAAAUUAGAGCAUGAAGAACAAGAUUUGAUGCAGAAGCUUCAUACGACUUAUCAAAAGGUCAAUGAAUUCAUGGAGCAGUCGAAUAGCUUUGAUAAUUUCGCCAAUAUUGUAAAAAGUAAUGUUCAGUACAAUACAAAGUAUCUCAAACCUCUUGCAAGAGUGGAUAAAGUGAAGGGUAGAAGUAGCACCAAUAGAUCUUGUAAGAACAUUAAAAUCCAAAUCCAGAGAGAAGCCUAAGCCUCAUGAAUCAGAGACUAGAAUCCUUAUUAAUUAUAAGGUUUCA